GUUCACACGGGAUCUGAAAAGAAAAACGAUGAAAAUCAACUACAAUUCCUUUUACUUUUUGUGCAUGUGGGCGUCGUUCUGCUACGGAAAAUCACAUGAAAACUUCAAAAAACCAAAUUCAAGUAGGAUGGAGAAAGCUGUGAAGAUGAUACUCGGCUCCAAGGCCCUAAUCAUAAGCCGGGCAGUUUUUACUCGCGAGGACUUCCCAAUGUGUGUGGUCUCUCGUCUAAAAUCUGUUUCCCCGUCUGGAUACCAGCACAACUUAAGCUAUUACGAAAAGGAAAUAAAGAUGCCAACACAACUUGGAAAGCGUGUAUAUCUAGAUGCCCACUAUACUGUACACCGAAAAAAUAAAGUGGUAGUCUUUGUCGUCAACGCCAACACUGGUAAUGGUCUAGAAGAGCCGAAGUUAUCUGGAAGCUACAAUACUUUGUAUGCCAAUAAGGGGUGCUUCAUCGUUGGAACAGAGUCACCGGGUUAUACGUCGAAUGUUGUCAGCAACACGGUCAACAGUCCCAAAGCAAACGCAGCGUGUUUAGUAUGGAGAUUACUUAAAGCGAAUGAAGACGAUAGAGCUCAGUGCAGGACGGCCUUCGCAAAAGUUUGUAGCAAGUACGGAAGAUAUAAAUUCGUAUUCACCAAGGACAAGUGUAUGAUGAAACAAUCUAUAAAUCAAACGUUGCAGGCCACAAAGCAAAUGAACUGAAUAAAAAUUCUUUUCACCUGCGCA